AUGGAAUUUUUAGAGACCAGAAUCGUAGAUCUGGAGUCUAACAAAGAGUCGAGCACUGCAAAUAACUUAGAAUUUGUUCCCGACGACAUUAAUAAUAAAAUGGACGAAAUUGAUCUUGCGUUAGACGAUCUUGAACAGUACAGCAGGCGCAAUUGCCUUCGUUUCUUUGGAAUUAAAGAAGCAAGUAAUGAGAAGGCGGACGACAUAAUUUUAAAACUGGCUAACGACAUAGGCGUUGACUUGACGUUGGAUGACAUCGAACGCUCACAUAGAGUUGGACGAAAGUUCGAUAACUCCACCAAGCCAAGACCAAUCAUUGUAAAAUUUUGUUCUUAUCGGAAACGCAAUGAUAUUAUUAAAUCCAGAAGGAGGUUAAAAGGAUCUGGAAAAUUUAUUCAUGAAGAUCUAACAUACAAAAGGCAAAUACUAAUGAAUCAACUACGUCAGAAGACUGCUGUCUUAGCAGUUUGGUCAAUUGACGGUCGCAUUUUUGCUUCUAUCAAGAAGAACGGAAAGGAAAUAACACAACGAGUUUUGUCUAUCAAUGACAUUUAAUUUCAUUCUAUACACUUGGACAGUUGAUAAG